AUGACCUCAAAAAACAAAAUAAUAAAAAUUUGCGGUGUUAAGUCGGUACAAGAUUGUGCAACUGCAAUCUCACUAAACGCAAACAACAUAGGUAUAAUCUGUGUACCCAAUAAGAAAAGAACGUGUGAUCCAUUAACAGCCAAAGAAAUAAGUAAUCUGGUCCACCAAUCUAAAGAUGUCGAAUUAGUUGGUGUUUUCCAAAAACAAGGCAUUGAAGAGAUCUUAGACAUCUCAAAAGAUUACGGUUUGGAUAUAAUACAAAUCCAUGAUGAUAAUCCUCAAUGGAUUGAACUGGUUAUAAAUAAUAUCAAGUACGGUAAUGUUACCACUGAUGAUGAUGAUGAUACUCGGAAAAAAUACAAAUUUUAUAAAAGAAUGUGUUUUCCAAGAGAUUGCGACGAAAUCAUCAGAUUAACUGAAUAUUUUAAUACUACAACAAAUAAUAAAGUUUUCGAGAAUUUACUUAUUUUAUUUGAUGGAGAACAAGGCGGCACCGGAGAACAACUAAACUGGCCUGGAAUUCAAGCUUUUUUAAAGAAAUAUUACGAUAAUACUAAUUUCCCUGAAAAUAAAAAGUUCAAUUUUAUUCUAGCUGGAGGUCUAACACCAGAUAAUGUUUCACAAGCAAUCAAAACAAUACCCCUAAUCACUGGGGUUGAUGUAAGCGGUGGUGUAGAAAAGAGCAACCAAGUUAUUGGUAGUAAUAAUACGAAAGAUUUAAUAAAAUUGCAAAACUUUAUUAAAAAUUCUCAACAAGCAUUUUUCUAA